AUGAUUCUCGAGGACUUGUAUUGGAUCACCAAAGUCGCAUCCUGGUGUUUGAAUUCCAACAUGACAGAAGCACCAGACGUUCCUCUCCGCACUCUGCCACGACGCCUGGCUUGCUUGCGCACGUUGCUAAUUAUACCUAGCCAUGUGUCAUCUGAGACAACCUGCUGGAGCAUGCCGAGAGACAGGCAGAUAGGCGAUGGAUAA